UGGGACACGUCCUUUUAACGUCAGUAUAACGGGAUUGUGACGGUGAAGUGAAGUGAAUGUGGAUUUGGGACGCGGCCGCUGUGUGUUUCCUCUCCGCACGCAGUGAGUUUAUUAUUAAACCGUGACUGAUGAUCCUGUGGAGUGUGUUUUGAUGAUGAUGAUGAUGAUGAUGGUGUGAGAGCUGAUCUUCUCCUCCUGGACACUGGAGUGUGAAGCUCGUCUCUGAUGGAUCUCUCGUCCUCCUCGUCUGGGCAGAAGGCCCCCCCUCCACGCGUUACCCAUAAUGCACCUGACCCAGCACUCGGACCUUCAGAUCAGACAGAGGCCCCGUCUGCGUCCUGUGAGACGUCUAGACUCGGGUCCAGGUCCAGGCCUGGUGUAGGAGCUCGUGAGAAGCUGAAGUUCAUCCUGGGGGCGUCGGAGGACAAUUCGUCAGAGGAUGAGACGUCCACUCAGGACUCGUCCCACAUCAGGAGACGGGGAGACGUACCUGAGACACACCCUGACACAGCCACGUCCCAAUCCACAGUCAUGAGGACGAGUCUGUCUGGUCAUAACCUGGUGAGAAAAGGUCAGAGGAGGAUGGACGUCCAGAGGGAUUUCACCGUGGCCUCGCCGGCCGAGUUCGUCAAGAGAUUUGGGGGAAUCCGCAUCAUCGAAAAGGUGCUGAUCGCUAAUAACGGCAUCGCCGCAGUGAAGUGCAUGCGCUCCAUCCGCCGCUGGUCCUACGAGAUGUUCCGCAACGAGAGAACCAUCCGCUUCGUCGUCAUGGUGACGCCCGAGGAUCUGAAAGCUAACGCGGAGUACAUUAAAAUGGCGGAUCACUAUGUGCCGGUCCCCGGUGGGCCGAACAACAAUAACUACGCCAAUGUGGAGAUGAUCGUGGACAUCGCAAAGAGAAUACCAGUCCAGGCGGUGUGGGCCGGGUGGGGUCACGCCUCAGAAAACCCAAAGCUACCGGAGCUGCUUCAUAAAGCGGGAAUCUCCUUUUUAGGUCCGUCCAGUAAGGCCAUGUGGGCUCUGGGAGAUAAAGUGGCGUCUUCUAUUGUAGCCCAGAGCGCAGGGAUCCCCACUCUACCCUGGUCUGGGUCUGGUCUGAAGGUAGCGUGGAGAGAGGAAGAACAGACACUAGGUCAUGUGAUCAGCGUCCCUCAGGAGCUCUACGCCCAGGGGUGUGUUAGAGACGUGGACGAAGGACUGGAGGGUGCAGAGAAGAUCGGUUACCCCGUAGUGAUCAAGGCGUCGGAGGGAGGAGGAGGGAAAGGAAUCAGGAAAGUGGACAGAGCUGAAGAUUUCCCCAGCUUCUUCAGACAGGUCCAGGUGGAGGUCCCCGGGUCGCCCAUCUUCAUCAUGCAGCUGGCUCAGCACGCCCGGCACCAGGAGGUCCAGAUCCUGUCGGACCAGUACGGGAACGCCGUGUCCCUGUUCGGGAGGGACUGCUCCAUCCAGCGGAGACACCAGAAGAUCAUCGAGGAGGCUCCCACCACCAUCGCCUCACCCUCCACCUUCCAGCAGAUGGAGAGGUUUGCCGUGCGCAUGGCUAAGAUGGUGGGCUACGUGAGCGCGGGGACGGUGGAGUAUCUCUACUCAGAGGACGGAACCUUUCACUUCCUGGAGCUGAACCCCAGACUGCAGGUGGAGCACCCGUGUACUGAGAUGAUCGCAGACGUUAACCUGCCCGCGGCGCAGUUACAGAUCGCGAUGGGGAUUCCUCUGCACAGGAUUAAGGACAUCCGCGUGCUGUACGGCGAGUCCCCGUGGGACGACACCCCUAUUAAUUUCGAGGAGCCGGAGUGUGUCCCCUGUCCUCGAGGACACGUCAUCGCCGCUCGCAUCACCAGCGAGAACCCGGACGAGGGGUUCAAGCCGAGCUCGGGGACGGUGCAGGAGCUGAACUUCCGCAGCAGUAAGAACGUCUGGGGUUACUUCAGCGUGGGGGCGGCGGGGGGGCUGCACGAGUUCGCCGACUCGCAGUUCGGGCACUGUUUCUCCUGGGGGGAGAACCGGGAGGAGGCCAUCUCGAACAUGGUGGUGGCCAUGAAGGAACUGUCGAUCAGAGGAGACUUCAGGACCACAGUGGAGUAUCUGAUCAGACUGCUGGAGACGGAGAGCUUCAGGAACAACGACAUCGACACGGGCUGGCUGGACCACCUGAUCGCUGAGAAGGUGCAGGCGGAGAGGCCCGACACCAUGCUGGGUGUGGUGUGUGGAGCGCUACAUGUAGCCGACGCCAGCUUUAGGAAGAGCAUGUCUGACUUCCUGCACUCACUCGAGAGAGGUCAGGUGUUACCUGCUGCCAGUCUGGUGAACACUGUGGAGGUGGAUCUGAUCUACGAGGGGAUCAAAUACUGUCUCAAGGUGGCUCGUCAGUCUCCCACCACCUACGUGAUCAUAAUGAACGGCUCUGACAUCGAGAUCGACGUACACACACUGACAGACGGAGGUCUCCUCCUCUCCUACAGCGGCAGCAGCUACACCACAUACAUGAAGGAGGAAGUGGACAGUUACCGGAUCACGGUGGGUAAUAAGACGUGUGUGUUUGAGAAGGAGCGAGACCCCACGGUGCUGCGGUCGCCCUCUGCUGGUAAACUGCUGCAGUACGUGGUGGAGGACGGAGCGCACGUGAGUGCGGGACACCCGUACGCCGAGAUCGAGGUGAUGAAGAUGGUGAUGUCACUGAGUGUGCAGGAGUCGGGCCGUGUUCACUGUGUGAAGCGACCCGGAGCCGUGUUGGUGCCCGGCUGUGUGGUGGCGCGAAUCGAGCUGGACGACCCCAGCACCGUUCACCCUGUGGAGCUGAACACACAGCCGUUACCCGCUCAGGAGCCGCUGCCCAUCGUGGGCGAGAAGCUGCACCAGGUCUUCCACAGCGUCCUGGAGAACCUGAUGAAGGUCAUGGAUGGGUUCUGUCUCUCUGAGCCUUACUUCAGCACUAGACUGAACAAGUGGGUGGAGACCCUGAUGCGGACUCUGCGCGACCCGUCUCUUCCCCUGCUGGAGCUGCAGGACAUCAUGACCAGCGUCUCGGGUCGCAUCCCCGUCACGGUGGAGAAGGUCAUCCGUAAGGUCAUGGCCCAGUACGCCAGUAACAUCACCUCGGUGCUCUGCCAGUUCCCCAGUCAGAGGAUUGCGAAUAUCCUGGACAGUCACGCCGCCACGCUGCAGAGGAAAGCGGACCGCGAGGUUUUCUUCAUGAACACGCAGAGCAUCGUACAGCUCGUGCAGAGGUAUCGUAGUGGGAUUCGAGGUUAUAUGAAGGUGGUAGUGUUGGACCUGCUGAGGCGUUACCUGCAGGUGGAGAUACAGUUCCAGCAAGGGACGUACGAUAAGUGUGUGAUAAACCUGCGAGAGCAGUACAAGCCCGACAUGACCCCCGUGCUGGAGCACAUCUUCUCCCACGCCCAGGUCUCCAAGAAGAACGUCCUGGUCUCCAUGCUGAUCGAUCAGCUGUGUGGGCGGGACCCAGUGCUGACGGACGAUGUGGUACUGGUGCUAAACGAGUUCACGCAACUCAGCAAGAUGGAGAACUCCAAGGUGUCGCUGUGUGCCAGACAGGCGCUCAUCGUGUCCCAUAUGCCCUCGUAUGAAGUGAGACACAACCAGGUGGAGUCCAUCUUCCUGUCCGCUAUAGACAUGUACGGACACCAGUUCUGUCCUGAGAACCUGAAGAAACUCAUCCUAUCUGAGACGUCCAUCUUUGAUGUUUUGCCCAGCUUCUUCUACCACACUAACCGUGUGGUGUGUAUGGCUGCAUUAGAGGUGUAUGUGAGGAGGGGUUAUAUAGCCUACGAGCUGAACAGUCUGCAGCACCACCAGAUGAGAGACGGCACGUGUGCUGUACACUUCCAGUUCAUGCUCCCUUCAUCUCACCCUAACAGAGAACGGUACAUCAGAACGAGACACUCCAUUCCCAGUGCCAUGUUGCCAGCGAGCGGCUCGGGCCAGUUUGAUUCGAUACCACGUCAGGGCAGCGAGCUCUUCCUGGAGGGGGCGCUGUCUCCUCCCUGUCAGAGGAUGGGAGCCAUGGUGGCCUUCCGCUGCUUCGAUGACUUCAGAAGGUGUUUCGAUGAGGUCAUUUCCUGUUUCGCCGACCCGCUGUGUGAGGGGACGCUGUUCUCAGAGACGGUCUAUGAUGAAGAGAGCAUUAAGAGUAUGAGGGAGAACCCCAUCCACAUCAUUAACGUCUCCAUCAAGUCCGCCGACACCGAGGACGACGACGCUCUGGUCACCGAGUUCAGCGACUUCGCUCAGUCCAAAAAAGUUGUGCUGUACGAGUACGGAAUCAGGAGAAUCACCUUCCUGAUAGCACAGAAAAGGGAGUUUCCUAAAUUCUUCACAUUCCGAGCCAGAGAUGAGUUCCAGGAGGAUCGGAUCUACCGGAACCUUGAGCCGGCCCUGGCCUUCCAGCUGGAGCUGAACCGGAUGAGAAACUUCGCCCUGACCGCCAUGCCCUGCGCCAACCACAAGAUGCACCUGUACCUGGGCGCGGCCCGCGUGGAGAAGGGCACCGAGGUCACAGACUACCGCUUCUUCGUCAGAGCCAUCGUCCGCCACUCGGACCUCGUCACCAAGGAGGCGUCGUUCGAGUACCUGCAGAACGAGGGCGAGCGUCUGCUCCUGGAGGCCAUGGACGAGCUGGAGGUGGCCUUUAGCAACACGCACACGCGCACGGACUGCAACCACAUCUUCCUCAACUUCGUCCCCACCGUCAUCAUGGAUCCUGUGAAGAUCGAGGAGUCGGUGCGCUCCAUGGUGAUGCGUUACGGUCGGCGUCUGUGGAAGCUGCGAGUGCUGCAGGCGGAGCUCAAGAUCAACAUCCGGCUCACACCGAGCGGCGGCACCGUCCCCAUACGCCUGUUCCUCACCAACGAGAACGGGUACUACCUGGACAUCAGUCUCUACCAGGAGGUCACGGACACGGCCACAGGACAGAUCAUGUUCAAGUCGUACACAGAGAAGCACGGCCCGCUGCACGGGAUGCUCAUUAACACUCCGUACGUCACCAAGGACCUGCUGCAGGCCAAACGCUUCCAGGCCCAGAGCCUCGGCACCACCUACGUCUACGACUUCCCCGAGAUGUUCCGACAGGCUCUGUUUAAGCUCUGGGGUCCGGGAGACAACCACCCUAAAGACGUCCUGCUGUGUACCGAGCUGGUGCUGGACCCUCAGGACCGACUCGUCCAGAUGAACCGACUGCCGGGAGACAACGAGGUGGGCAUGGUGGCGUUCCGCAUGACUAUGAGGACCCCGGAGUACCCCGAGGGGCGUGACAUCAUCGUGAUCUGUAACGACAUCACCUAUAAGAUCGGCUCAUUCGGGCCUCGGGAGGACCUGCUGUUCCUGCGGGCGUCGGAGUUGGCGCGAGCCGAGGGGAUCCCGCGCGUCUACAUCGCCGCUAACAGCGGGGCGCGCAUCGGCCUGGCCGAGGAGAUCAGGCACAUGUUCCAGGUGGCGUGGGUCGACCCCGCCGACCCCUACAAGGGUUUUAAGUAUUUAUAUUUAACACCUCAGGACUACACACGCAUCAGCUCCACCAACUCCAUCCACUGUCGCCAUGUGGAGGAGGGAGGAGAGUCCAGGUACAUCAUCACUGACAUCAUCGGGAAGGAGGACGGGCUCGGUGUGGAGAACCUCAGGGGCUCGGGGAUGAUCGCGGGCGAGUCGUCACAGGCGUACGAGGAGAUCGUCACCAUCAGUCUGGUGACGUGUCGGGCGAUCGGUAUCGGAGCGUACCUGGUGCGACUGGGACAGAGAGUGAUCCAGGUGGAGAACUCUCACAUCAUCCUGACUGGAGCUGGAGCUCUGAACAAGGUUCUCGGGCGUGAAGUCUACACCUCCAACAACCAGCUGGGCGGCGUUCAGAUCAUGCACAACAACGGCGUCACACACACCACGGUGCCGGACGACUUCGAGGGCGUCUUCACCAUCCUGCAGUGGCUGUCCUACAUGCCCAAGAACAAGCACAGUCCUGCACCCCUGAUGCCCCCGACUGACCCGGUGGACAGAGAGAUCGACUUUGUCCCUACCAAGGCUCCCUACGACCCUCACUGGAUGCUCUCUGGACGUCCCCAUCCCAGUGUGAGGGGGGCGUGGCAGAGUGGCUUUUUCGACCACGGCACCUUCAUGGAGGUGAUGUCCACCUGGGCGCCGACUGUGGUGGUGGGCAGGGCCAGACUGGGAGGGAUUCCACUCGGGGUCAUCGCCGUGGAGACGCGGACCGUCGAGGUCACCGUCCCAGCAGAUCCAGCCAAUCUGGACUCAGAGGCGAGGAUAGUGCAGCAGGCGGGACAGGUGUGGUUCCCGGACUCGGCGUAUAAAACCGCUCAGGCCAUUAAUGACUUCAACAGAGAGAAACUCCCGCUCAUGGUGUUCGCUAACUGGAGGGGUUUCUCCGGCGGCAUGAAAGACAUGUACGACCAGGUGCUGAAGUUCGGCGCGUACAUCGUGGACGCCCUGAGGGAGUUCCGUCAGCCCGUGCUGGUCUACAUCCCGCCGCACGCCGAGCUGAGAGGAGGAUCAUGGGUAGUGAUCGACCCCACCAUCAACCCGCAGUACAUGGAGCUCUACGCUGACCGGGACAGCAGGGGAGGUGUGUUAGAGCCAGAGGGCACGGUGGAGAUCAAGUUUAGGAGGAAGGAUCUGGUCAAGACCAUGAUGAGGAUCGACCCCGAGUACUCGCGCCUCAACCAAGCGCUCAGUUCUGCGGAUCUGAGUGAGAAGGAGCGCGGCGAGGUGGAGGCUCAGCUUAGGACCAGGGAGGAGUUCCUGCUGCCCAUCUACCACCAGGUGGCGAUACAGUUCGUCGACCUGCACGACACACCCGGGAGGAUGCAGGAGAAAGGCGUCGUCACGGACGUCUUGGACUGGAAGAGCGCUCGGUCCUUCUUCUACUGGCGUCUGCAGCGCCUCCUGCUGGAGGAGAAGGUGAAGAGCGAGAUCGUGCAGGCCAACAGAGACCUGAGCAACGGCCACAUCAAGUCCAUGCUGCGGCGCUGGUUCAUCGAGACCGAGGGGACGGUCAAAGCGUAUCUGUGGGACAAUAACAAGGCGGUGGUGGAGUGGCUGGAGACACAUCUGUCUCAGCAGGACGGAGUGCGCUCUGCCAUCAGGGAGAACAUCAAGUACCUAAAGAGGGACCACGCCCUUAAAUGCAUGCGCAGUCUCAUGGAGGCGAACCCAGAGGUGGCGAUGGACUGCAUCAUGCACAUGGCUCAGAACAUCACUCCGUCUCAGAGGGCCAAAGUCUCACACCUGCUGGCCACCAUGGACAACACCACCAGCACCAGCUAACACUCUCUCACACACACACACACACACACACACACACACACACACACACACUCACUGGUCAGCUCAGUGCCAGUAUCAGCGGGCGUUCAUUAGCGUCAGUGGACAUUCUGUCUGUCUGGAGGGAGAAAAGGAACGAGGACGUCUCCUGUACACAUAUCAUACGCACAUACACGCUCGAGCACGCACACACACACACACACUAAACACUGAAAAAGCCACUUGAGGUCACACUGUGGGCAUUUCACUUCACUUCAAAGACUGAAGGUGUUUGAUCUCUCAGUGUCCUGUGUACUGUACCAGAGUCGCCUUGAAAUAAUCAACGCACAACACACACACACACACCUCUGCUCACUCCCAUCAGCGCUGUGUGAAUGUUAUACACCUUUACACCAGAGGUGGCGCUCUUCAGCAAUGCCAAGUUUAAACCAGAAUAAACGCACAAAACCUCAUCAGCAUUAAAGCUCGAAGCCGAACAGAGCUCUAAGGUUCACAACCUGAUUGUUUUUAUUAUUAUUAUUAUUAUUAUUGUUUUAUUGUGUUUAACCCCUAGUGUGUAUCAGUGUAUCAUUUCACACUGUAGUGUAGACGGUGUGUUUACAGACACACAUGUGUUCAGGGAACCUGGUGCCAAGUUUUAACAGACGUAGCAGUGUUAUGACGAGAACCACUCGCUCCUGUGUGAAGCAAUAAUCUCUUUUAAACGUGUUUGGCGUUUUUCUUCUGCAAUAACUCAGGUUUAGUUUUUUUAAAACAUAAAUAAAUAAAUAAUGAUGUAUUAUGGAAAGAAAAGAAAAGAAACGUUGCCAGUAAGUGCCUUUUAGCUCAUAUCAGUGAGAGGAAAUAAAAAUCCUAGAUGCUGGAGAGAAGCGUUUCAUGUCCUGUCGAGUUUCUCACGCGGUUAGUGUUUACACCCAGAUCAGCGGUGACGGCUGGAGUUCAACAUGAAUAGCGCUCACGUUCAAUAGCGCUCACGUUCAAUAGCGCUCACGUUCAAUAACGUUUGUUUCACUACAAGAAUUGUGUUUUUAAAACAAACUAUGUUGUUUAUCCAGAUGUUUUUAAGAAGAUGACUGUCGUAUGAUCUACAAAAGUCUCAAAUAAAACCAGUUUCUAUACAGA